CUGUGUGCUGAUGAAUGAUGAUCUUCCUCCAUCUUUGAGGAGAACAAAAAGCGUUUCUCCAACUAAUGCGACUACUACGUCAUUUCUAGAUUGGUGGAACCAAAAGCGUGUUUCUCGAACCAAUGCUAAAUGCUAUUACGUCAUUUCUAGAGUGCUGUGCCUAUCUGAUCCUAUCGAAAUUAUGGAUGUGUUCCGGUACGCUCACCCCCACCGUAAGGGAUCUCGACACGCACCCCUCUGUCAAUCCUGACCCUAGAUUAAUGACGCGGGAUCCUUCACACUGACGUCUCUUCUUCCUAUAAAUAGGAGUAGAGUCAAUGCGCAGGACAGCGAAAGCUUUGAUAGUUGUUACCUGCGUAAUCUAUCAUCAUAUUCUGUAACUUGCUAACAUGCACGGUGGGAACGCUGAUCGGAGGUUGCAUGCUCUGUUACGACACCUGGAGGGAGCCAAUCCGACGGACUCCGGCGAUCGUUCCGUCUCCUUUGCUCCGACUUCGGGUUACUCUGGAGCCUCCGUCUUUGAUCAUGUCGUUCGCGCGCCGGAAGAUCCGAUUCUCGGAGUAACUGUUGCGUACAACAAGGAUCCCAGCCCUGUGAAGUUGAAUUUGGGUGUGGGUGCAUAUCGGACCGAGGAAGGAAAGCCUCUUGUUCUGAAUGUUGUUAGAAAAGCAGAGCAGAUUCUAGUGAAUGACAGAUCUCGCGUGAAGGAGUAUCUUCCCAUCACUGGAUUAUCAGAGUUUAAUAAAUUGAGCGCUAAGCUCAUACUCGGUGCUGAGAGUCCUGCAAUCCAGGAGAACAGGGUUACAACCGUCCAGUGCUUGUCUGGCACGGGCUCGUUAAGGGUUGGAGCUGAAUUUUUGGCCCAGCACUAUCAUCAGCACACUAUAUAUAUUCCUCAGCCAACAUGGGGGAACCACCCAAAGAUUUUCAAUUUAGCUGGUUUAUCAGUAAAAACUUAUCGAUACUAUGAUCCGGCAACCCGUGGACUCAACUUUCAAGGCUUGUUGGAAGACCUUGGAUCUGCUCCUACGGGAGCAAUUGUUCUUCUUCAUGCUUGCGCUCACAACCCAACUGGUGUCGAUCCUACUCCUGAUCAGUGGGAGAACAUUAGGCGGUUGAUGAGAUCAAAAGCAUUGCUACCCUUCUUCGACAGUGCUUAUCAGGGUUUCGCUAGCGGAAACUUGGAUGCAGAUGCACAGCCGAUUCGGAUGUUUGUAAAAGAUGGAGGCGAAUGUUUAGUGGCUCAAAGCUACGCUAAAAACAUGGGGUUAUACGGCGAGCGAGUGGGUGCACUAAGCAUUGUCUGCAGGAAUGCUGAUGUGGCGAGCAGAGUCGAGAGCCAGUUAAAAUUAGUUAUCAGGCCUAUGUUCUCUAACCCUCCUAUUCAUGGAGCAUCCAUUGUGGCUACAAUCCUUAAGGACAGGAACAUGUUCCGCGAAUGGACAAUUGAGCUCAAGGCAAUGGCUGAUCGAAUCAUCCACAUGCGAAAAUUACUUUUUGAUGCCUUACGCAGUCGAGGUACGCCGGGCGAUUGGAGCCACAUUGUAAAGCAGAUAGGGAUGUUCACCUACACGGGGCUCGACUCAAAGCAAGUGGCAUUCAUGACCAAGGAAUAUCACAUCUACAUGACAUCGGACGGGAGGAUAAGCAUGGCAGGUCUGAGUUCGAGGACAGUUCCACAUCUAGCAGAUGCAAUACAUGCCGCUGUCACUCAGGCAACCGUCUAAGGGACCUCCCGGUGUGGCAGGCAGCCGAGUUGUCUACUUAGUCCAUACAAGACAUAUAAGGUAAUGUGAAAAUAAAUAUGCUUUGGAUGCAAGCGUCAAUAGCUUUCUUUCCUUAAAAUGAUUUUUGUUUUUUAAAAAAAAAAAGAAGAAUGAAAUUAUAAAUAAAUGUUGUGUACGUUAGGAAGACAAUUGAGGGAAUUAUGUGAUUCAGAAUAAUGUGAACUGCAUGAAUUUGGUGCUGCUGUAAGGUGAAUUUAAUUGUUUGUCAAACCUUUUUGCUAA